UAUAUGUAGUUCACUACGUAAAAACCAAAUGCUACUGGCAAAGUGUCAAUUUGCAUUUGCAAUGACACCCGGCCAGAUCCCGCAAUGCGUAUGUAUAACACGACAUAAAGAUAACUCUUAUCACAUUUCAUUCACACGUCCAUAAUUAAAACAACCAACAUAAAGGUAAACUGAUAACACAGAUUGUGACAAGGGCAGAGUCAGAUACACCCCACCGCGCCGCGCUCAGUGCGUUUCGAGCCUCCGUGCCGAGCGGAUGUUCGCGUUGAUUUUGCGUCUGCUUGACACACGUACAUGUCAUAUACCCAAUAUGGCAACAGGAUAGUGAACCGUGUGUGGAAUAGUGAUUGUGAAUCGGGUUUGACGGUGGUUUUUGAUGUUUGGUCGGUCAAUAGGCAAUAGUUGACUGACUAGAAAGCAUGGCUUGUGACGGUUUUUAAUGGGAUUGCGGUUACAAAAUAAUUGUGAUAAUCGUAGACUGUAAAUAAAAACACUAUCGACUCUAAGAGAUGUGGUCGUAAUUUGGACAAAGUUUUUAAAAAGAACGCGCGCUCCCAAUUGCAGCGCUAUAUUUGAAAAUAUCGGUCGAUUAUCGAAUAAAAAUGCUGGCCGUAAAGAAUUUCUUCAUGCCCGAGAAGCGGGUGGACUCGCCUCGUUUCUCGAGGAUGCCCGAAGCAUUGAUGAGGUCCAUUAGGAGGAGGUCGUUAAGGGUGAAGAGGACCAAGUCGCUGGUGCUUGUCAGCGAGAAACGGAAGUCUGAUUCAUUCGUCAACAGCCAAGAAUGGACAGCCGCGCGAGGGGUCACAGAAUUACGAGUUGGCGUCUUAGGAUCACCGGACAGCGGGAAAUCUGCGCUAGUCCAUCGGUAUCUAACAGGGGCAUACAUGCAAGAAGAAAGUCCAGAAGGUGGCCGCUUCAAGAAGGAAGUGAUCAUCGAUGGGCACAGCUAUCUGCUACUCAUACGAGACGAGGGAGGCUCGCCGGAGAUGCAGUUUACUGCCUGGGUCGACGCCGUGAUCUUCGUAUUUAGUCUCGAGAACGAGGUCAGCUACAACACAGUCUCCAACUACUUCAACAAAAUGUCUCACUAUCGAAACUCCGCCGAGAUACCGAUCAUUUUGGUUGGGACACAAGAUGCCAUAAGUGAAAGUAGUCCACGCGUCGUGGAUGACAACCGCGCUCGCAAGCUGUCAAAUGAACUGAGAAGAUGCUCAUACUACGAGACCUGCGCUACGUACGGAUUGAAUGUCGAGCGCGUGUUCCAAGAUGCGUGUCAGAAGAUCGUUGGUUCGAGGCUGUCGGCAUCCCAGCAAUGCCUGACGGGAUCGCGACCUGUGACGCCUCAGCCCUUGGCAAACUCUCCCAGUCACAACCAUUCCACAUUCCUCUAUAAGGACUCACUCCCACGAGGCCACCACACCCUCUCUGCCUCAUCGCACCACCUCCACCGAGGCGCCUCAUCGUUCGACGCCUCCUCAAACAGCAGCGGCAUCUCAUCCACUCAUGUGGUGGAGAUCCACAGUACGAAUGGGUCGGAUACGUCUUCGCGGUGGGGGAAUUCUCUUGGAAGCCAUGGGUCAAGUUCUGGCCUUGUGUCUAUAGCGACAGAAAAUAAUAAUGUGAAGUUUACACAGCCGCAUUGCUUAGACAACCUCCAAGUAAAAGACAAAGACCUACCAACACCAUCGUCCACACCUACCACAUCCAGAAAAUCACGAAGAAGAUCGAACCUAUUCACUCCAUCAAAGAAAGGAGACGACAGACUAAAGAACGGAGAGCUAGGGUCGGGUCGGGCGAUACCCUUAAAACAGGGGUACUUGUAUAAGAAGAGUAGUAAGGCCCUCAACAAGGAGUGGAAGAAGAAAUAUGUGACCCUGUGCGAUGAUGGGAGGUUGACGUAUCAUCCUAGUUUACAUGACUACAUGGAGGAUGUGAACGGCAAAGAGAUCUCCCUACAAUACGUGACGGUGAAGGUGCCCGGCCAGAAGCCCAGAGGCUCCAAGUCCAUCAUCACAACCGUGCCAGGGUACAAUGGGUACAGCAGUCUGGAUCUACAUGACAGCAUCGGGGGGCUUAGUCUUGGAUACAAAGACAAGCCAGUCCGCGUGACAGACAAAGCGUUGAUGUCAGCGUUCGACACGCUGAAAGAGCCCGCGUCGUCGCGACAAUCUCUCGCGUCUGAAGCCGAAGCUAACGGCGACAAAGAUACGCCGCAUGUCAAGAAGCGACAUAGACGGAUGAAGAGCAGCGGCGUGAAAAAGGAUGGGGAUGAUGAUGGCGAGGGUGGCACGUCGUGCGAGUUCACGAUAGUGUCGCUGGACGGCAAGAGGUGGCGCUGGGAGGUGGGCGGCGCGAGCGGCGCGGCGGCGGCGGCCGAGCGCGACGCCUGGGUGUGCGCCGUCGAGGCGCAGAUACUGGCGUCCUUGCAGGGGAGGACGUCCCGAUUACCAGCGCCGACGGGCGCCAACUCCACAGGCGAUGUUCGCGCCACGUACUACAUCCGCCGCGUGCACGGGAACGAUAAAUGCGCGGAUUGUGGGGCCAAUGAUCCGGAUUGGGCGAGCUUGAACCUGGGCGUGUUAAUCUGCAUCGAGUGCUCCGGCAUACACCGCAACCUCGGCUCGCACAUAUCUCGUGUGCGCUCGCUGGACCUGGACGAGUGGCCAUUGGGCCACGUGAGCGUCAUGGUGUCUAUGGGCAACGCGUUGGCCAACAACAUUUGGGAGGCGGACUUGCGAGGGCACAUCAAACCCAUCGCGUCUUCUAGUCGGGAAGAGAAAGAAAGGUGGAUCCGCCUGAAGUACGAGCGGCGCGCGUUCCUGUCGGCCACGGAGGUGCCGACGGGCGUGGAGCCGCUCCUCGCGGCCUCGUCCCGCGGCGCCGUGGCGGCGCUGGCGCGCGUGCUGGCCGUGCCCGCGCCGCGCGCGCCCGCGCCCGCCGAGCGCGCGCUCGCGCUGCGCGCCGCCGCCGCCGCGGGACAGCUGGCCGCCGCGCAACUGUUGAUAUGGCACAACGGCAACCCGAACUACCCCGACGCAGACGGACACACGUGCGUGUUCUACGCGCGCGCCGCCGCCAACCACCUGUCCGGCGUGCCCCCGCACUACCCCAAGCAGCUGCAGCUGCUCUGCCCGCUCCACCCCAACCCUCCGCAGCCCUCCGACAGCUGCUCCAACACCAGCUCCAACUCCUCGAACAAGAGCAACUUGAAAAACCCUGAGCCAGAAUGCAACUGCAUCAUAUUUGAGUUGCUCAACGCUCAGAGCGCGGCGAACGCUCUAGUCGAACUUUUGAUCGGUUUACAGAAUAAUCAGUUCAUGAAUGGUUAUGAAGGGAACGGGUUCAGCCACGGGACCCUAGGCCGAGGCACCUCGCUCGGAGGUUUAGGGGGAAAUCUGUCGUUGACCAACGGAAAGUGUGGAAGUAUUGUUUAAUAAUUUAUGGAUUAUGUUACCGCGGGGCGAAUUGUUGGUAUGAAGUGUUUGCGAGUAAAUCGCAAUUGUAAUUUAUUUUUUGUUUAAUAAAAAUCUCAUCGUGAAAUGAAAGUUUCUUUGCAGUUGCAACGUUUUUUUUUAUAUAAUUAUCAAAAUUAUACAUGAAUUUUAUCUGUCAAUUUAAAGAUACUUAAAUUAUAUUCAUUAGAGGAAUUAUUAGAUAUAAAUUGUAUAGUCCUAAUUUAUCACAUAUCCAAUAGUUCAAAUUUUUGUUCGAUAGCAAUUUCAUACGAUUAGCGAGAAACAUUUUUAGACUAAAUUUGAAUUACACGUGAUUUUUGUAUGAAAGCACGGAUUCGUGUUUGGAAAGGGACGGAGAUAUACGAAUCUAAUGUUAGGUAUCUUUGUGGUUAUUGGUGUUGAUUCGAAUUUUGGAAUUUUGUAACAGAGUAACUGUUAUGGACUUUAUACUGUAAAUAUCUUGAUUGUCAAAAUAUUUCAUUGUUGACAGAUAUUUCCAAAUUGUGACUUCUUGAAAAGGUUUAAAGAUGGCUAUAAAGCAUAGACAAAUGAAAAGUAAGACGCAAGUUUUAUAUUCGUAAAUAUGACAACUAACGUAGAUGGCGCUGUACGGCGCUUUGCAUUAUAGAUAUGGAGGGUAGAGGUAAGGAGAACAAUCUUAUAAAUAAAUAAACAAAUAAUAAUAAAUGUUAUAGGGAUAUUUUUACAUAAAUCGACUAUGUCCCACGGUAAGUCAAGAAGUCUUGUGUUGUGGGUACUCAGACAACGAUAUAUAUAAUAUACAAAUACUUAAAACAUAGAAAAGAUCCAUGACUCAGGAAGAAAUAUCUGUGUUCAUCACACAAAUAAAUGCCCUUACCGGGAUUCGAACCCAGGACCAUCGGCUUCAUAGGCAGGGUCACUACCCACUAGGCCAGACCAGUCGUCGGUUAUGAAAGAACUGUUGCUAAAUUGUCCAGCUGGCAGCUGUCAAUAAUAGUUCGAAAUCUUUCCGGUGGCGCUAGGGUAGCACAAGUACAUGACAUGAACUUUGUCGUGAUUAACGGAGUGAAGUCAAAAAUUUGUUCGCGAUGUAUUGUGGCGCCACCUAUUUAAGGUUUUUAUGAACACUUCUUAUAUACAAAAAUUGUUCUUCUUACUUCUACCCUCCAUAAUUAUAGGGUUCUAGGUUGUCAAGCGUCUAACACUAUAGCGCCAUCGGUAUGGAAGGUGGAGGUAAGGAAUGAAAUCUCCAUGUACCAAAAAGUGUCAUCAAAACCACCUUAAAUAGGUGGCGCUACAAUACCUAGAAUACUUGAACAAAAAAAUCAAAUCAUAGACAGCGCACUUCACUCCGUCAAUAACGCCUAGGUUCUUAGCUACUGACAGCUGGACACUUUUGCAACAGUUCUACCAUAAGAGAUUUCACUCCUUUCAAUUCCACACUCCAUAGCCAUCGGCUUAACUUAUGUUUGCAAUAUUUUCAUUUUAUGUAUUUUUCCUAUUGGUAUAAAAUGACAUAGAUGUACACCAAAACUUAGUGUCACAUGAUAGGUUCCAUUAUACAAAGUUAAUUUAUCUUAAAGACCGAUUUUUUGAGUAAUAAAUAGAAAACUGACUUCAUAAACUUCUAAAAUGUGGCGCAAAGCUUAAAAUGUUGAUGUUUUCAAUUAAUAAUAACCGUGCAAUAGUAGUUUAGCUUACAGACAAAUAGCUUUACAGUCAUCAAAUACAGAGGAAAGUGUUUUGAGGUGUCCGUUUUAAGCAUAAUAAUUGAAAACUUUAAGGGGGUCACACCAAUGACCUUCGAUCUGAAUCCCUUUGUUUUCUAAUGUUUUUUGUAGCUUAUCAUAUUAACAGCAACGGCUGUAAGCAAUAUAGUAUACCAUAUUUACUUCAAAGUUCACUGUCUUCGAGAUAUUUGGCAUUAACUUUGAACAAUUUUAGGCCAAAAAACUGGUUUACUGGCCAUAGCUUUUGUGUUAAUUAGUUUAAAAUUAAAAUCUCUGACCAGUUUUUAGAGACGUCAAAGACGAACCCAAAUGUGUAGAUUUCGUUCAUGUAAAAUCCUUCACAGCAAUCGAGUAACGAAAAAAGUGUUUUUUUAGACAUUGUUUAAAAAAUAUAUAAAAAAAUAAGUGUUAAUUUCUUUCAAAAUCCGGUAGACCAGAAUGGAGAUAAAAGAUUGAAGAACCGAUAGCCGUUUGUCUUAUAAUUCUAUCUAUAGUGUAAAUGUAGGAGUAACGACUCCAAACUAGUCAAAAAUCGAUGAAAACCGCGGGCAGCCCCUUAAAGCAAAAUGUGAGACGCAAAUAUACAUUGGAAAAAGAUCUUGGACAAGUGGACACCCUUACGAGCAAACUACAGUCAAAAUGACGAUCGUUUAUUGACAAACGCCAAUCGUAAAGUAUAUCGUUGAUAGAGAACGCCAAGCGAAAAUUUCCAUGCAUUAUGGCUUUUCGUAGCAUCUGCCUUUCCGUUUUUUUCUUUUCGUUUGGUAUUUGUCGCUGUCACCCAGAUACGACCAGAAGGGCUAAUAUGAUCGGCUCUUUAUCAUUUGUCACCAUGCCUGUCACGUUCUAACAAGCAUGUAAGUGCGAAAGUGACGGGUAUAGUGGCAAGCGAUAAAAAUGGAACCAUGCUGCUACUUCUGAGUCACAUCAUAUCAUACAUGUUUAAAACUACAAUUGGCACUUUUUGGGAUUUGGCGUGUUGAGAUAUUUAUGAUUUAUGUGUUUAAUGACUGUUGCUAUUUUCCAUAUAUAUUCACACAUCACAUACAGAGCUAAAAUACUCUACGUUGUACAAAACUUCUGGUAUAGGUAUCGCCAGGAGAGGAGGUGAAUGAUUACACACACAGCUACACAGAAUACUUAUCGCAAAAACAGUAUUGAACGAAUGAAUGAAUGACUUAAGAGCCCAUCAACGUGCUCACUAGCGCCACUGGUAAAUAAUUAUGAUUAUUUAAAUUUCACGAUAUGUAUUUAAAAAAGGGGGCCGCUAUGUACUGUACUUUAUAUUUAUGUACCUUUUAAAUACAUCAUAAUAGUUUUUACGUUGUAUUCGUCAAUAUAGGAGUCCAAAGUUUAAACGGCCGUUUUUGUUUUGAAUUCAUAGACCGAUGAAUCCAGCAACAAAAACUAGUUUGAUGUAUUCAAAAGGUACUUAAAUACAGUACAUAGCGGCCCCCUUUUUUAAAUAUCUAUCGUAAAAUUUAAAUAAUAACAAUUAUUUAGCAGUGGCGCUAGUGAGCACGUUGAUGGGCUCUUAAAACGCACGAUAUUAAGCUAAAAAAAACACAUUGACGAAGCUUUUUGCUCCAUCUUGCAUUUGGUGGUUUAACUUGCUAUCGGGGCGAAAAAAGAAUACUAAUUUCAAAAUAUCAUUGAUUUUGUUGGUGUGUGUGUGACUUCAACUCUCGUGGCCACACCAUCUAUUACCAAGGUUUGAUACAACCCAUACAUUAGAAAUUUUAAUAGGUAUACGUAAAAUAAUUAGGUACAAGAUCUCAGCUCAAUGCUAUUUGUAGGGUAAUUUUAGGGUAAUUUUAGUGGUUAAUCGCUUACCCUUGGGUACUUAAUUCAGUAAUUUGAAUUAUUUAUUAAUAUUGACGUUACAUUCCAUUGUUUCACAUAGUUAAGGGUGCUAUUUUGGGUAUUUAUAUGUAUUAAGUAGUUUAAAUUGGAAAAAUACCUAGUACUCAUUUUUGCACUCUUAACAUAAAUUUAUCUUUUUAAUGUUACUGGGCAUGAUUCCAUAUUUAAAAAAACCACAAGGUCAUCUAUAACUAUUUUUACAUAGUAAAUUAAAUUCAUAAAAAAGGGUAGAAGUGGUCUGAAGUGGUCAAAUGCUGAGUAAUAUUAAAAGGUAUCCCAAGGUUAUAAUAGUCGAUGUGAUAUUCCUAAGGUUUCCCUUAAUAAGCCAAAUGUACUGAACCCUUCUGUGCCUACUCUAGGUAGUUAAACGCUUCCACGCCGCAUAGUCCGAGAGCCAGUUACGAGAUAAACUAUUUUCACGACCGGCUCCUAGACUGUGAGACGUUUUUAAAUGUAAAGUACUUCGUAUGCAUCUAUUAGGAUUAAUCAGCGAUUCGUAGAUUAUUUUGUAAUUUGUGCAUUUUUUUAAAAGCUUAUUAUCUCACAUGUGAUAAUUGUCGGUUUUAAAUAAAUAAAUAAAAAUAAAACACUAAAUUCUCAUGUUAAGUUUUUCGUCAUCAUGAUUUCAGCACAAAAAAUGCGUUGCGUAAAUACGUUGUUAUAGCCAACAUGAUUCUAUGUACAAAAUGAAAUGGUUUGUCAGCAGCUUGUUCAAAGACCUUAUGACCACUGCUGUCUAGAUUAUAUUGCCAUUUUCACAUGUAUUUUUUUAUUAAUACGUACGUAUAUUGCAUAAAUAUGGGUAGCAGCGGUCAAAAUUCUUCAGAGCAGUCGUUUUUUUUACGCUAGGAUCAUUGUUUGUUACAUAGCGAUAGCGGAUAAAUUAGAAAACGUAGAAUUGGUAGUCUGUUCUCCGUAGUUUUGCAGAACUGAAUCCGAAAUAGGAAUCGAAACGCUUUGUCAGAAAAGACAAAUGGGAGAUAGAAUAAACGAACGAUUUGAUGGACUCAUUUAAAAAAAAGAACAUGCGUAAUGACGCUCAAUUGAGUAAAGUGACAUGUUUGGAACCUAAAAAUAAAUAAAUAAUAAUAAUAAUAAUAGCUAAUUUAGCCUUGCCUAUCAACACGUCUACCCAGUAGCUCGUGAGAUGGCAAUCAAGGCGUUCAGCCAACGUCCUUAGGAGGCUGUUGCUACUGCCGCGCACGCGUGUCAGCAGAGACGCUAUUCUUUUGCGCCUGAUGGCAUAAAAGUCAUCCGUUCGCGCGUAAAAUGUCAUUCCAUUUGGCGGAGUUAUUUUCAUAGUUAAUCAGGUAGAAUUUUCCACGGUAUCUCUCGGUCUAUGAUUAAGUUGACUUAAUACUUACACAUAUUUUCAACAAACUUAGUAUUUUCAAUAAAUUUUCACAAUUUCUCCUUGUUUACAUUAAAGCGAAUAAGUUUUUUUUUUUUGUAAAUUUUAGCAAUAAAUCAUUUACCGACGUCAGUAUUUGAAAAUGUAAAAAAUGCACAUUAGAAUUUACUUGCACUUUCUGUACAAUGUAUUUUUAAAAAUAUUUUUAAAUGUUGAAAUUUUAUUGAUAAUUUUAAAUUCGUUAUUUCGCCGUUCGGUUCGCAAUUUUAUUGUAAAUUAUUUUUAUAUGAUUUCUCUGUAUAUUUUCUUUUGUAUAGCCAAAGAGCUUUUUGUAAAUAAAUAACGUAUUCAGCUGGGGUUACCCUUAGUCUUUCGUUAAAGUAAUUCUUAAGAGAUUUGUUGAUGUUCUCUAUCUUGUGAAAAUAAAGUGUAUGAACACGA